AUGAACGACGAUCGCAGAGACAACAUUGGUGGAGGACGAUACUACGGGCUAGCAGCCGACGGGCUACCACCACCAGCUCCGCCCAAGAUUCGCCGUAAGCCUCGUCGACAAACACCCCAGGCCGCGGUCGACCAGUUCUGGGACCGUCUGAACUCCCGCUAUCCAGGCAAAGUAUUCACACUCCUGCCCAAUAACCCUUAUGCACGCAAGAAGGCCCAAAAGACUCCCCACGGCACAGUCACAGGGCAACGCGCGGCCCGGUCGUACGAAGAGGCUAGAGCCGAAUGUGAACGCGACGUCGACAGGAUCAUCAAGGAGUGUCAGCGAUUGAACCAGAAGUACCGCGACCAGCACUUCGACAUUGAAUGGGAUCUCAAGUCUGGCCAGAGGAAUUGUCUUGAUGGCUUGAGUAAUCUGGGAGAUACGAUGAAGCCGAAAGGUGUCAAGCGUGUGACUGACAUCUUUGAGAAACCCCAGUUUUACAUCAAUGGUCCUACUGCAGGUGAUGUCAGACAGGGCCGCGAUGGGGAUUGCUAUCUGAUGGCAGCUCUCUGUGGCCUGGGAAAUAUGAAAGGCCUGAUUGAUAAAGUCUGCGUCAAGCAUGACCAGAAUAUCGGCGUCUAUGGCUUUGUAUUCUUUCGAGAUGGUGAAUGGCAGCACACCAUAACGGAUGACAAACUAUAUCUCCGUGCGCCGGACUAUGCCGAAGCCCAGGACGAGCGAAUCGUCUGGGAUGACAUCAAUCGUGUAGACUCGGAAGCGGAAUAUCGAAAGGCACACCAGACCGGAUCUCGUGCUUUGUACUUUGCACAAUGCAGCGACGAGAAUGAGACAUGGUUACCACUGCUCGAAAAGGCCUACGCCAAAGCCCAUGGUGAUUUUGCUUCCAUCGACGGAGGGUUUACCGGUGAAGCCAUCGAAGAUCUGACGGGCGGUGUCACGACGGAGAUCUACAGCACCGACAUCCUGGACAAGCAAGCCUUCUGGGACAAUGAGCUGAUGCAGGUCGGUAAACAGUUCCUCUUUGGCUGUGCGACGGGCUUCUAUUCGAACUGGCUUGACACGAGUAACGAACCGCGAGAGCGUGAUGGCAUUGCCGAAGGUCAUGCGUAUAGUAUCAUGGAUGCGAGAGAAAUCAACGGGCACAAAUUACUCAAAGUUCGUAACCCGUGGGGUCGAAAGGAGUGGACUGGGAAGUGGAGCGACGGCAGUUCUGAAUGGACUGCCGAAUGGAUGCAGUUGCUGGAUCACAAGUUCGGUAACGACGGCAUUUUCUGGAUCAGUUACGAGGAUCUAUUGAAGAAUUAUCAGCAUUUCGACCGUACGCGAAUCUUUGGCUCGGAGUGGAAUGUCACGCAAUGCUGGACCAACGUCAACGUGUCAUGGGCCGCAGAAUAUCACAGCACCAAGUUCUCCAUCACAUUGGCGGAGAAGACAAGGGUGGUGAUUGUCCUUGCACAGCUCGAUGACACAUAUUUCAAUGGGUUGGAAGGUGGUUACGGAUAUGAUUUGCAGUUCCGCCUUGAAUCAGAUGCGAAGGAGGAUGAGAACGAUUACAUCGUCCGGUCAAAUGGCAACUACGCAAUGGCUCGAUCAGUCAGUACAGACAUCGAACUUGAGGCAGGUACAUAUUCUGUCCUCAUGAAAAUCACCGCCACGAGAAAUCCCGACAAAGAUCAUCUGGAAGAUGUCGUUCCCAUGUAUGUGGCCACUAGACGCGAGAAGCUCAUACAAAUGGGACUGUCCUAUGACCUUGCCCACGCGAAAGGUGUCAUCGUCGAAACACAAGCAGAGAGGCAACAGCGAAAGGCAAAAGACAAGAUCAGAAAAGCCAAAGAACGCGAGAAACUGAAAGAAAAGAUGAAGACGGAUGCUCUGAAGCAUUGGAAAAAGGGCAAAGAGAGACACGCGAGGGACAAGCAGAGGUUGCAGCGAAAAGACCGUUCGCAAGCUGCUCGUCAUGGGGCACCUUUUGUCAACGGGAAUUUGCGAAGAGGACAGCACGAUGAUCGGCCCACGAACGGCACAACACGCAAUGGUUCGUUGGAUGUGCAGAACUCAGACAGUCCGAAGCAGGAGAAGGAGGACCGGGACGGACUGGACCAAGACAUGCGAGUUCUCAGAAUCAAGUCGUUCAGUGGGGAGGACAUCAUCGUCCAACGGAAGCAGAAAGCUGAAGACGCCGAGAAGUCUGGAGACAAGCUUGUGGGAACUUCUGUCGCGCAGCCAGCACCGAAAGUUCUUGAAGGCACCCCUGCUGAAAGUAUUGUCGAGCCUUUGGAAGAAGUCGUCAAGAAGGCAGAUGCAGAGACGACAGCGAAGACGGAAACAGCACAACCCGACACAGUAGAACACACCAAGGACACCAAAUCACCAGGUCAAGAGCAACCCAGUGACGAAACACCGCCCACCCCUAUCGUACAAAUCAAUGGCAUCGAUGCAGUUACGGACGUUCGACCACUGCCCAACUUCCCACCCCUAUCUCAACCUGAGGACCACCUGCCAGCCACACCGGGCACCAACGAGGAGAAGACCAAAGAGUCCGAAGUGACUCAGAGAAGCGAUACACUCGACACAAGGACAGCCACAGUAGGAGCCAACUCCGGCACCGAACCUAACGACACCACCACUCAAGACCUGCCCGGCACCAUCAAUAACGACCACACGCACGUUCCCAACGACCCCGAAGUCUCCGACGCAGACUCCUUCCCGUCAUUCGACUGGAACACGGACAUCGACAUGCCGUCGGAAUCCGACUCGUCGUCCUCGACAUCCUCAGUGGACGCACGCACGCGCCUGCACCGCCGCCGCCGCUACGCACAACACGGACGACGCGGCCCCGGCCGCGGCGGGCCCAUGCGCCCGCCCAUCAACAGCGGCCUGGACAGCCCGCCACCGGGGCUGAUCGAGGUCGAGCACCGGGCGGACGGCCUCAGAGGGGCGGCGGGAGGCGGCGACGACGACGGGCCCGACGAGCCCUGGAACGCCGUCUGCGUCGUCGGCCUGCGCGUGUACUCGACGCUCGGCGGCGACGGCGUCAAGCUGAGGGUCGUCAGGCCCAAGAAUGCGCUUUUUGAUGAUGGCACCACCGCGCCGAGCGAUGUUGAUGUCGACGAUGGUGGCGAUGAGGACGAGAUCGACGGCGCGCAUCAGAAUCUCCUCACGCUACCGAAUGGAGCGAAGAAGGUCGUCGUGGAGAGGGACGCUACGGCGCUCGAGGACUCGGUCAUCCUAGACCCCGACGAUAUGGCCCGUGGUGCGGUAGCUGUCAUUCCUGAAGCGACAGCGUAUUCUCAGAGUGAGGCUCAAGCUGGUGCGACGGGGAGCUUGAAGCUGGCACGUGGAAUGGCGAGGCCUCCUGCUUCUGGGACGGGGUUUAAGACUAACACUGCACCUUUCAGUCCGUCUGGCGGCAAAGGCAAUGGCAAUGGGCUAAGGAAGGGUCAGAGGAGACGGCUCUAG